AGUUUCAACGGAAAAGGAGAACCUGAGGUAACGGAGCAAUAGCAUAGCAGCAGCUAUGGCUGUCUAUUCGCUCCUCUCAGCAUGCCCUUCUUCUUCUCUUACUCUCCCUCCUUCCCAUACCUCCACCACGAUUUCUCUUUCUAGAACCUUCUCUCCUCGCACACCCAAUAGGCAUAUCGUCGCCUCUUCUCUUCGCGAACCUUCUCACCCUACCUACUCUCCGGCGCCGGAAUCUACCCACAGAUCCUCCUUUAUCAAAUUUCUAGACUCCUGCUUCGUAUUAUGCACUUCUCUAGCUCUUUCCGCUUCUGUCUUCGUCACUGAUGUGGACGCAGCUGCCGCUUUUGUUCUCGCUACGCCGAGGAAGUUGCAGACGGAUGAGCUUGCCACUGUUCGUCUUUUCCAGGAGAAUACCCCUUCUGUUGUCUACAUUACUAACCUCGCUUCUAGGCAGGAUGCAUUCACACUUGAUGUGUUGGAGGUGCCACAAGGAUCUGGAUCAGGCUUUGUUUGGGAUAAAAAAGGUCAUGUUGUCACAAAUUAUCAUGUUAUUCGAGGGGCAUCCGAUCUCAGGGUCACUCUUGCUGACCAGACCACUUAUGACGCAAAAGUUGUUGGGUUUGACCAAGAUAAGGAUGUUGCAGUAUUGCGUAUUGAUGCACCACAAGACAAAUUGAGACCCAUACCGGUUGGCAUGUCGGCUGAUUUGCUCGUCGGGCAAAAAGUUUUUGCUAUUGGAAACCCUUUUGGGCUUGAUCACACACUUACAACUGGUGUCAUCAGUGGGCUACGGAGAGAAAUUAGCUCUGCAGCAACUGGCCGUCCAAUCCAAGAUGUUAUCCAGACAGACGCUGCAAUCAACCCUGGUAAUAGUGGAGGUCCACUUCUUGAUAGCUCAGGAAGCCUUAUUGGGGUAAAUACAGCCAUAUACUCCCCAUCUGGUGCCUCCUCUGGUGUUGGAUUUUCCAUUCCAGUCGACACAGUAGGUGGAAUUGUAGACCAGUUGGUGCGAUUUGGGAAAGUUACACGACCUAUUUUGGGAAUCAAGUUUGCACCUGAUCAGUCAGUAGAACAACUAGGAGUGAGUGGAGUGCUGGUCUUAGAUGCUCCUCCAAAUGGUCCAGCUGGAAAAGCGGGUAUGCUAUCAACAAAACGCGAUGCCUAUGGCAGACUCAUAUUGGGUGAUAUUAUAACAUCUGUAAAUGGCAAAAAGGUUGCUAACGGAAGUGAUUUAUACAGAAUUCUUGAUCAAUGCAAAGUGGGUGAAAAGGUGAGUGUUGAAGUUCUGCGAGGUGACCAUAUAGAGAAGAUCCAUGUGCUGCUUGAACCAAAGCCAGAUGAAACUUGAAAAUGAGGACUGAUUCUAUACAAUAAGCACGAAACAUAUGCAAAUCUUGGUAGUUUACAUCUUAUUAUUGUGCAAAAGCUGACGCUAUAAAGCUAUCUCUGUAUUGUUGAGAAUCAUUUAACUUCAAUUCCUUUGUGGGUCGGUGUAAAAUUGUUAUAUAUUCUGGGACUGGGAUGUCACAUAUCAGUGUAAUGUAAUGUUGUCGUCAUAUUGGUUUCAUAUCUGAAUUUGACAUCAUCAUUUCUUCUUUAUACCAUAACGGUUCACUCUUAUGGGUUUUCCAUACGGAUAAA